GGAUGCACCUAUUCAUAUAACUAUUACACAUUUCUGCCUUGGGACAACACCUCGGGCUCAACAGCGAAGGAGUAACGCACAGAGUCCCCGAGCGCAGAGCGUUAAGCGACGAAUCGCGGGCGUGUUUGGAGGAUAAUUUUUUGUCUCGCCGAAGCCCGGGUGCGGCAGCCAUUUUGUAAUGUCUCUGCUCUUUGUUGUGUGUGAGUGAUGUCGUGACAUUUUUGUGAUUUAUCGCGGAUACACUCAGUCUAGCAGUGAUAAUUGUUGACUACAGGCAAUUAGAUAUUACAGCGAUUGUGUUAGAAAUCUAAGGAUGUGGUGGAUUGAAUAUUAAGGUGGAAAAAUAGAGGAAGAAGUGCAGGUGCUUGCAUCGCAUCACUUUGGACGGUGUGUGGCGCUGUAGCUGUGCCCGUGACGUCAUCCCGUAGCAACAGGGUGCCCUUCGUGUGUGUGUUUGUGUGAUACCAGUGAUAUGAGAGAACGUUUUUAUGGUGGUAAAGUGAUAAUCUUGUGAACAGCGGGGUUGGAGGAGAUACCUCGUCAGGAUAACCAGUCUACGCAGCCGAACUGGUAUCAUUUGCAAGAAAUACCAUACCACAAACACCAGGUUGUAAUGAUGUGAGAGUGACCCACAAUGGGUCCUAAAGACCGGGACCGAGGAGGAGGAGGAGGCGGAGGCGGCGGAGGAGGUGGCGGAGGCGGGGGUGGCAGUGAUGGAAGCGGCUCCCCCUCAGCUUCUUCGGAGAUGUGGCUCAAGCGCCUCCUCACUGCGAUAGCCAAGAUCAAGUCGCAGAAGCAGCGGCCCAAUCUGGAACGAAUCACCCAGACCAUGAGGCAGCUCUACACUGUCCCUCCUGACGAAGUCGUCACCAACCUCCAGGCACAGGUUGAUGCGGGCAAUAUCUUGUACAUUGAAAAUAAGGGGAUCGAGUCGUACGCGGACCCCAAGAACCCACCACAGCGCACAGGGCGUGUCAGUUCUCGCGCGCCCACGGCCACCUCGCGGGCGGCCGACCUGGUGGGCAAGGUUGUGCGGGCGGUGCAGGAGCUGGGCAGCGAGGGAAGCUCGCUCAAGGACAUCGCUGCCCACCUCCAGUCCCAGGGCGCUCUGAACGACCCCGACGGUGCUAACCUCGUGCGCCACGCGACCAAGCGCGCCCUCCAGCGGGGGUUCCUGGCGCAGAACGGCAAGCUGUACACGCUUGGUACCCUCACCAAGCACCGCAAGUCCACCGGGCGGCCCCCCGUCGCCAAGGCCCUGCACCUCGAUGACGACGACGACGAUGACAUCGGGCUCGCGCUGCACGACCACUCCCUCGAGGCCAACGCUCAUCUCCAGGUGAGUACCCGACCCUCGCCACCUUCUCCUUUUCCUUUCCGUGUUCGCAAAUGGCAGAGAUCCACGCUUAUCGCCGGCAUAUAAUUGCUUCUUUUGCUGAGGUCUUAAAAUAGAGUGGGUAAGUUGAUUUGGAUGAGAGUUCCUCUUGCCUUUUUCAUUUUAAGGGGUUGGGAUAUCAUUACCACCAGUUUCGCAAAU